CCGAGCAGAGGGAUUUUCGCCUCGAGUUUAUGGAUAAGUCUGGACGUUAUCAUGGUCGAGGCCUCCGGUUUUUCAUAGGAACAAGGAGUUAUUUUAUCACACGUAGAAUCCACACGAAUGCGUCUAAUGGAUUUAUAAUUCCCAUUGUCUUAUUUACAUCGAGCUCACCGGGAGAGACACAUUGAGAUAAUGAGAAUGGGUUUAUUUGUAAUCAUUGUUUGAUAUUUAAUCGCGUCAGUCCUACGUUGCUACCGCAUUGUGCUCCAACGUUGGGGAAAUUAUCAUUAAUUAGUAAGUGGUGAUAAUUAAUUCAGAGUCGUCGGUGGUAUUUUAUAUUCAAGUGUGAUCUGGAUGUAGAAAUGAUACGUGUAAUUAAAAAGAAUAACCGGAACAAUUGGAAAAGAAUAUUCAGAAGGUGGAGAAGGCAUUAAAGAUUCAGUGUCAUCACACGGAAAUUUCCAUAUUUUCUCAAAAAGAAAUUAUCAUUCCACGAUUUUUAUCUUCUCCUGGAGACGACGAGAUGCUUCAUUGAUAACGGUUGCGCAUUUCCUCAUCCACUUAAUAAAUCGUCGGAAAAAGUAUUCGUUGCAGUGGAAUCGAAAAGUGUGUAAAUUAUGGAGAAUGGAGAAAGAAAGGCAAUUCGCAAGAAGAAUGCUAAAUUCUAUCUCAAUAAAUACGUUCCUGUAACGAGAUGGCUUCCAAAAUACUCGAGGUUCUACGCAGUUUCUGACCUCAUUGCAGGGAUUACCCUGGGCCUUACGAUGAUUCCCCAGAGUAUUGCAUACGCUGGAUUGGCGCAUUUGACUCCACAGUAUGGUUUAUAUUCCUCAUUCAUCGGUGGAUUCGUUUACAUUUUCUUCGGUACAAUCAAGGAAGUUUCGAUAGGGGCAACAUCCCUGAUGGCCCUCGUCACCGCUGAAUUCACCAGCACGAAAAAUCCCGAUUUCGUUGUUUUACUCUGUUUUCUGGCAGGUUGCGCCGAGUUUUGCAUGGGAAUUUUCAAUCUAGGCUUUUUGGUCGAUUUUAUAUCGAUCCCAGUGACAUCCGGCUUCACCUCAGCCACAUCCAUCAUAAUCGUCAUCUCUCAGCUGCCAGGAUUGGUCGGUGUCAAGAUUAAAUCGGAGAGCAUUAUCCAGAUACUCGUACAACUGUUUGAAAAACGAUCACUCAUUCGGUGGAACGAUACUGCACUGGGUAUAUCGUGCCUCGUAUUUCUAUUCGUAUUUCGUAAACUGAAGGAUAUACCCUGCCAUGGAAUCAAGCGUCGAAAUGAAUCAGUGGGUGUUGUGCUAGAAAAAAGUCUCUGGUUUCUCUCAAUCUCUCGCAAUGCUCUCAUCGUUUUUAUCACGUCUACUAUCACCUUCAGAUAUCAUCAGGAUGGUGAAGAUGUAUUUAAGACUGCAGCGACCGUGAGACCAGGUCUCCCAGAAUUUUCUCCACCUCCUUUCUCGACUCAACACGAAAAUGUCACGUAUUCCUUCACUGAAAUGUGCUCGCACCUCGGCUCAGGGAUUAUCAUGAUUCCGCUCAUCGCUGUUUUGGCUAAUGUUGCGAUAGCCAAAGCUUUUGUGCGAGAUGGGCCUGUGGAGGCGACCCAGGAGAUGCUUACUCUGGGGGUGUGCAAUAUAGCUGGAAGUUUCUUCAGGUCGAUGCCGACUUGUGGAGCUUUUACGAGAAGUGCUGUGGGCAGUGCCAGUGGCAUACAGACACCUCUGGCUGGACUCUACUCUGGUAUCAUGACCCUCCUAGCCCUCAGUUUCCUUACUCCCUACUUUGGCUUCAUUCCCAAGGCCACAUUAUCAGCUGUGCUCAUCGCAGCUGUUGUUUUCCUCAUCGACGUGAGGAUCAUGAAAGUCUUGUGGAGAGGCAACAAAAAGGAUUUGUUCAUCGCCCUGGGAACGUUCGUCAUCAGUAUUUUGCUAAAUGUCGAGACUGGAUUGUUGUUCGGGACUGUUGUCAAUGCUCUUUUUCUGCUUUAUCUCUCGGCGAGACCUUCAGUUGAAAUUCAAUCGCGAAAGACUAUUUUGGAGGAAAAAUAUAUUCUCGUCAAGCCAGAAAUUGGAUUAUUUUAUCCAGCGGUGUCGUUCUUGACGACAAAAAUAAUCAAAGUGGCGCAUCGCGAGGCGAAGGGAAUUUAUCCAGUUGUUGUGGAUUUUGAGAGGCUCCAGGGGAUAGAUUACACUGCGACAAAGGGCAUUGAAAAUCUCACCAACGCGUUCGAGGGUAAAUCCCAGCUAUUGAUAUUUCUUCAUGUCAGUCCGUACGUCGUCAACUCCAUCGAAAAUUUUGGAGUAACGAGAAAGAUAUUUUUUAUCGAGUGUGAGGACCAUCUCCUCAAUGUCUUCGCCAGCUUGAAAAAGAACACCCAAGGAAAUUCGACGAUUAUGACAUAUAAAGGACUUCAGGAGAAUUACGAAAUCAAAGAGGGUGAACCCCUCCCGGAAGAGGAAAUUCUUCUCCCGAAUCGAGUCCCCAAGGUUAUUGAUUCUCCAAACUGAUGAGAACUUACUCACCGAAAAAUAGCAAAGUCAUCCUCUCCGGCUGGACUGGAGAUAUCCAAGACAAAUAAAUCUGUUAUCACCCCCUCGGGUCAGCAAACCCCAAAUCAAAAGUAUUUAAA